CCCAACUCUCACCUUGCAGGGGAAGAUUCAUUUAACCCUGACAAACAGCCAGAAAUGUUUUUCAAAGCUGUUUUUGAGGUGGUUAGGCUGGUUGUCACCCUAAGGGUGCACAAGUUUGUCCAUCAACCAAGAAAUUUCUGGGAGUUUAAAGGUGUAGAUUAGAUCCAAGGGGCGCCUCCGCCUGGUGAAUACUUACCUAGGCACUGUAAAAAAAAAAGCUCUGUAACUUACCUGAACCUACCUCACCUUACCUGCACUGAUAAAACCCCACUGGCCCCCAAUGUAGUGCACCGUUCCGUAUCCUGUUGCAUGCCACAAAGAUUAAUCCAUUUGAGGAGAUGACUGCAGAAAAGGAAGAGAGUUUUUUGGUCACGGACACAUCACCGUGCCGCUUGAGCAAACCCAACGGUGCCGUUAUUCGCAAGGGCAGUCAUGCCUACACGCACCGCUCAAUAAACGCCCUCGCCCAGCUCUCAUGAGAGCGACAGGCCACCCUGCAGAGGCAAUAUUUCGCAUUCGCUCUCUGGUAGAUAGGAGCGAUGACGCCCUGUCAGCGAAGGUGAGACAGAAUUAAUGUGGGAGACAGGUAGACAGCGGGGACGUGCUGAUAGCCGCUGUAAUGAUGGAUCUGACUUUAUCUUUCCAGAGCGAAGAGUAAUGUUAAUACGUGAUGUGUUAUUGCUGUACUCACGGCGGAGGCCAUGGUGAUUAUGCAAAUGACUUCAGCUGUGAGACGGACAAGGCCACACAGACUGUAUAGAGUUGUUAAGUGCGUCUGGGAUCUGAUAAUAAUAUAUAAGCGCACUCUCAACACUGUAAAUAUUUAAUAGACAUAUGUGCAUCAUGGGACACUGAACAAGAAGAUGAUGAUGAUGAUGAUGAUGUGAAACAAAGGGCGUGAAGUGACAAGGCUGCAGACACCCGUCCAGUGCUUCAUUUGAAUAGCACAACAGCGCCGCCCCGUGGACACAUACAUCCACAAUCUCCAAGAGCUGUGUGACUGAACUAUUUUAAAAGUCUUGACAUCUGUUAAAGUGACGUCAAAGUGACGCUGGAUAAUAUCUGAUGACGUUCAGCAUCUCAGGUAAAUUCUCACGAGGAAUGAAAAAGAUUCAAGCAGUUAUGAGAUAUGUUGAGUGCAGAAAUGAGUCUUGUAAUCCAUUUCAAAUCAUAAUGAAGAUGAUUAUCAUUCUUAUUAAUAUUUUUUUGUGAACUAGGCUCCUAUCCACAACUUCUUUCUCAUAUGCAAGACUUUUUUUUUUUUUUUUGCAAUUUAAAUGUAGACUAAUUUAACCUAUUAAAAGUCUAUCAAUCAAUUUGUAAUAACUUGGUAUUUUAUUAACAUGGUCAUGAUCCCUGAGCAAGUCUCUCUUGCAAAAAUUAGCCAUGGUUUUACUACAGAUAAAACCAGAUACCAUGGUUAUUAUAGCCUAGUUAAACCAUGGUAACCACAAAUUAACCAUGGUAUUUGCAGUAAAACAGUGGUUAUACAAAUGUUAAUCAGUACGCCAAAAAAGUUUACUAACCUUUUACUAUAGUAAAACCAUGGUUAAUUUUCGAAAGGGCUGUCAUGUCAGUAUUCAGUUGUCGUGUCAGGUUAUUUUUGAACGAACAUUUUAAUUUACUAUCUAGUAAUAACUUACCUUCCGAAAAUUAACCAUGGCUUUAUUAGGCUAUAUUAAAAGUGUAUAGGCUAACCAUUGUUUACUCUAAUUGUUAACAUUGUUUGUUACCAUUUGUAUAACCAAAGAUUUACUACAAAUACCAUGGUUAAACUAUGGUUAGUGCAGCAAAACCAUGGAUAAUUUGUGGUUACUGUGGUUUAAUAACCAUGUUUCUUGGUUUUAUGUGUAGUAAAACAAUGGUUAAUUUUCGUAACAGCUUAUGUCAUCAGUCGUCUUCUGAGGUAAUUUUUGUACAUACAUCGAUUCGUAGGCCGUGAUCAAUUCUCCCUUUCUACUUUGUAAUGUCUCUUACCUUUAAUCUCCACCAGAUGAAGUUUGUAUGUGAAUAUUAUUUAAACUUCUUGUUGAACAGUAGUGUGAUGUACUGCAAAGCCGUUACCUCACCUUCCCGCGUCGUGUCACACGCGUGGCACGUGACUAGCUCGUGCUGCCAUUGUCCUGGUAACGGUUACCUGGUAACGAGCGCGAGGAUAAAAGAGCAACUCACGGCGCGCACAGUUGUUACGGUUCUGUAUUUUGUUAGGUUAGUCACAGUCACAGAUGGUUGGACCCUUGGGUGCAGUCAAACCUUUGGUUGGAACUGGCAGACCAGGGGGGCGUCUGACUAACAUCGGCCUCGACCAAUACUGCACCUCCUACAGACAGUCUUACAGUAAGGAGUUAUUCCAGUCAUGUCUAGGUCAUCAUUUUGGGACGGGUUACUCUGCCAACCAUCGUCCUGUUCUGUACUACAGCUCCAGCCUGGACCGCUAUGAUAAUCCACAGUUUGGUCUCUCACUGUUGGACAGUUUUGAUUCUCAAACAAAGCGUCAUUACCAGCGUCUGGUUCUGCCCGACGGGACGGAGCCUUUGGCCUGUUUGGGAUCCAGACGCAGAGAGAGCGGAUAUUUGCAGCUCCAAGCUCAGCCAAGACCUAGAGCAGAGUCCUGUCAGACUGAAUAUAAAGGCACUUACAUUCCUCACCGUCUCAGAGUUUUGGUUGGACCCAUAGAAGAUAGUGGAUACACUAAGGAAGCCAAUCUACAGCCGAACACCUUCCUCCCUCAAAAUAUUAAGAUGGAUGACGCUCGCAGGACACAGGAAAGUGUGAUGAGGACUGACUUCCUUCCCGGAUGUUUUCUACAGGGCAGUGAAGCAUUACCAAAACUUGCCUCCCGUGCACUUCGAGAAACUGGAUUUACAAGAGAAACCCGGAGGCCUCUGACCAGUUCAGCCUUUCUGCAGGGUGGUGUUAGUGAGGACAGCGGACAGAAGACUAGAACUGCUGCCACUAGAUGGUCCAUUGGGCCAAUGGGCUCAUCAGGAUUCGUCCUGAACGCCCCCAACAUCACAAGCCUCUCACAUACACCAGCCGACCCGCAACACUUCCUCACACACUACCAAAGCAAAUUUUGUGACAAAUCAUCAGUGGUGCAGCACAGAUCAGAACGGGUGAGAGGAGGCAUACAGAGACACAGAGAAAGCGGGUACAAUGGACGAGACACAGAUAGGUGUUUUUCUGCUGAAGUGUUGUUGUAAUGCAUCAAAGUUCAGCCUUGAUGUUCCACGGUGUCAGAGCAGCACAAACCUCCCCCUAGUGGCCAGUUCACUUCAUAGACCUCUGAACCUGACGCUGAGUGAGCAAGUGCUGACAGUGGGGUCAGAAAUCAGACCAGCUUGCCUUUAAGAUUUUUAUUCAUUAGCCUAUGAGAUGGUGUUUCUCAUUUAAAAAUCUUCAUAUAAAUUUUCCAACUAAAGCACAACCAUAUUUUCAAGUCUUUAAACGGUGGCAAUUCGCAAGGUUGAUUUCCAUAAAGUUUAUUCACUUUAUAACCACAUUUCAUGUUUUAGGCAUCAUACGGUUUCUCAUUGGUGGACAAAGAAAGUUUUGGGCAACGGUGAUCUCCAUUGGAGCUCAAAAGUGGGAGUUGUGUGUUUUUUCCCAGACAGAAACUAGUUAAAACUUUUGACUCGAUAUUAAAAAGCCACUUUUGUGGUGUUUGAAGUGGAUAAACACUUCCUUAAAGUGAAACAUUUUACUAAAUGUCUUUCGUCUUCCUUCUGCCUGCAUGGUUUUAUGAAUUUAUGAAUUUCAUGGCUGUAGCAGCCAUUACAACACUUUUUAUGAUGGAUGCAUUUAGAACCAAUAAAAGCAAUUUCCAAAUCACUUUUAGAAAUUAGAAAGAAGUCCUCAAUUGAUUAGAAUUACUAACCUAAUUCAAAUUUAUGAGCCAAGCUGAUAAGUUUUAAAAUCCGUCCCUGCUUUGACAUCCCUGAUGAAGGGCAAAGGUUUUGCAGAGCUUUUGAAACAUUUACGGUCAACAUGACAUUUAUGUAUUUCUUACAUACAGGUUUAUUGAAUAGAUGGGAAAAGAAUGUGAUUUCUAUUUGUAUGCACAGAUGUAGUCCUACCCAGAUAUAUAUAUAAGUUACAUUUACUUAUUUUAGAGAGAUUGUUUUUUUUUUUCAUUUUUAAAUUUAGCUGAACAUUUUACGUCUGCUAAAAUUUCUGGAAAAAAAUUGUGAACUAAAGGGAAAGUAAUGCUGCAGCUGCAAAAUCGUCUUUUAUGCAUCCCUGUACCUGCAAGUUAGCAUUUAUGAGAAUGUAAUUAUUUUAUCUUGUUUUAUUAUAGGCUUUAUUAGAAAAAAUCACAUGUAUUCAUAGACGUUAAUACAACUUGUGUAUGCAGCUGUAGAAAAUAAACAGGUUCGUAAUAAGUCUGUGGUGUUUUCUUUUGCAUGGAAAAGUCCAAAGUUCUUCUUUUUCAUUUGAAAUGUUUAACAGUCAUAUCAGUCACCAGUUUGUGCCUCUAUCAUGUGAAAUGCUGGAAUUGUGCUAAUAUGCAUAUUCAUGUUGGAUCAACUGAAUUGGAACUGAUAAAAUUUACUAUACAAUGUAAAAAGUGAUAAGUUCCACAUUACAGUGUGGCAUAUGGUGAGUGUAUAGGCCUAUGUCAGUUUAUAACUGUUUAUAUUAUACUAUAUCUAAAGUAUUUAAAUAGGCUAUUCUUUCAAUUUAAAGUCUAAAUCCUAAAUUGUCUUUUUUUAAAACAGCAGAAUAUAGAUUUUCACUCAAAGUUAUAAACGUUUUACAGCAUUCUAGAAGCAAGAUGCAACAUGCAUUGUCUCAUUAUUAUUCAUUUUCACUUUGAAUGGUAAGGUAAAUUACUUAUUUAAAAAAAGAAGAGGUUUUUAAUGUUGCAUUUUUACUUUAUAUUUCUGUCGAGAUGACUGAUAUUGUUUCAGCAUGACUGCACUUUGCCGGCUGGAUGUGGAACUCGAACCUAAGUAACUCUUCUUUAUCUCCGCGCUCUCCCC